AUGCUGGACGAGAAAGUAGUAUUGGACGCGGCGAAGCAAGGGGCGAAGAGUUUGGGGAAGGCGGUCGCCCCCAUAGCCACCCAACAUGUCAAAAUGUUGUUCGGAGUCAACAAGGAGCUGGAUCGCCUGCGAUCCACCGUCGACGCGAUCGAGGCCGUGUUGAAAGACGCGGCGGCGGCGGCGGGGGGAGGAGGAGGAGGAGGGCUCAGCUACCAAGACGGCGAGUGGGUCGACAACCUGGCGCGUAUGAGGGACGAGGCAGCGGAUCUGCUGAAGAGCUACUCGGCGAGGAAGCGGCGGCACGACGCCAUCUUGAACCGGCGGUUCAACUGCGUCAGCUUGGCCAGCUACGCGGUGUCGGUUCCUGGGUACUGGGUCGAGAACUACUUCGCGGCUCUGAAGGUGAGCAAGAUCAGGGAGAGGCUGGAUGCUAUGGCUAAAGACCGGAAAACCGUGCAUUCUAAUUUCCGAUGA